CCAAGCUGACAUUCACAAAGAUCGGUGUGCUCUGCUGAAAAGAAUUACUUGCUUGCGGCAAAAUCGGAAGAUCUGAUCGUCUGAAAGAUCGAGCCAGUGACAAGACCGGACUUCAAACCACUAUUCACUAUCAUUGAUAACUGCUUCGAGUGAAGUGCUCUCAGCAGCUAGUGAUUGACAGUAGACUACGUCUCAGUUUAGUUGGUGCGAGAUCAUGGAAGGCAGUCAAGGACUUCGCUUUGCUGCAAAUAUAUCAGAUGGAUUCCUCUUCUCCGAGGUCAAUUUCCUGCAGCGCUUCAAGGCAGCAAAGGAUUCAGGGUUUAGCGGAGUUGAGUGUGCCUUCCCUGCCAGUGUCACACUAGACAGUCUUGCCAGUGCACAGAAAGCCGCAGGUAUCCAGCACGUCCAUUUGAAUCUUCCAGCAGGUGAUUGGGCUGCUGGUGAACGUGGUAUUGCAGCGAAUCCAGCCAAGGUCAAAGAAUUCCAAGAGAGUGUGGAGACAGGAGUGAAGUAUGCCAAUGCACUGGGCUGCAAAAGGGUACAUGCACUGGCUGGUGUAGUCAGUGAAGCAUGUGAUAAGGAGCAAUGGACGAGGACAUUUGUCGAAAAUUUGAAGUGGGCAGCAGAUCAACUCAGCAAGGAGGGGAUUCUUCUUCUCAUUGAGCCAAUUUCUACAAUUCCUGGGUACUUCCUGCAGCACCAGGAACAAGCACUGGAUAUUCUCCACAAGGUCGGCCACAGCAACUUGAAGCUUCAAUUUGAUAUUUACCAUGCUCAAAGAAUGGAUGGAAAUUUAUGUGACUUCAUGUCAAAGAACAUCCACUCUAUUGGUCACAUUCAAAUUGGUCAGGUACCAGGACGUCACGAACCCGACCAAUCCGGCGAGCUGAAUUACUCACAUCUGUUUUCCCAUAUCAAGUCAUUGGGGUAUGACGGCUGGGUGGGCUGUGAAUACAAACCCGCUGGUGAUACAACCCUGGGCCUGAAAUGGCUACCUAAACUCCAAUGAGGUGCUGGAUCGUAACCUGGGCUUGACAUCAGUGUGUACUAAAGGUGUUGACAUAUGCUGGUCAUAUCGCAAUACAGUGUAUUAUUAAAAUUUCAACUCUCUUCACUGUUCUGCAUACUUGCAAGUACUACAUUUGUAGUUAUAAUUAUUUAGUUAUAUUGGUAACACUAUGGACACAUCACUGGACACUUUCAUAACUUGAUUGGCCAUUGUGAAAUUCACACUCCCGUAAUUUUGUAUAGACGACUUUCCCCUUUCUAUUCCCGUACUUUGUGAAAUACUACUAUUUGAAACAGUUUGAUUUUGUGGUCUCCAUCGCAUUAUCCUUGGCAUUGUUUACUAUAUUAUUUAUGGAUAUGUUCUCAUGCCAAUCACAUGUACAUCUCUGACAUGAUAUCAGAUUGUGAUAAGUGUGAUAACACAA